UUGUCCCACACCAGCCGCCGCGAGUUCACCUUCGGGCCUUGGAAACUCAGCGCCGCCCAGACCCACAUCAUGAAAUCUGCCCAGGCCGAGAGAUUAGCUGAAGAAUUGCACAUGCCUUCCCUCCCAGAAAUGAUGUUUGGAGACAACAUUCUCAAAAUUCAGCAUGAUUACGGCUUUGGAAUUGAAUUCACUGCAAUAGAUGCUUUAAAAUGUGUAAAUAAAUAUCAAGGUAUGAUUAAAGUGGCCUGUGCAGAGGAAUGGCAAGAGAGCAGGACUGAGGCUGAACACACGAAAGAGGUUGUUAAACCAUAUGAUUGGACCUAUACGACAGACUACAAAGGAACAUUAUUAGGAGACACUGUAAAGUUAAAAGUUGUUCCUACUACUGAUCACAUAAAUACAGAGAAACUGAAGGCCCGAGAACAGAUCAUGUUUUUUGAAGAAGUUCUGCUUUUUGAAGAUGAGCUUCAUGAUCAUGGAGUUUCAAGUCUGAAUGUAAAAAUAAGAGUCAUGCCUUCCAGCUUCUUUGUAUUGUUGAGGUUUUUCUUGCGAGUUGAUGGUGUACUUAUCAGGAUGAAUGAUACAAGACUUUACCAUGAGGCUGACAAGCCGUACAUGUUACGAGAAUACACAUCUAGAGAAAGCAAAAUUUCAAGCUUAACGCACGUUCCACCCUCCCUGUUCACGGAGCCUAAUGAGAUCUCUCAGUAUUUACCUGUAAAGGAGACUGUUUGUGAGAAGCUAGAAUUCCCAGAGAAGUUGGAUGCUGAGCCUACAGCUUCAUCAGAAAGCACAUGCAUGGAAUCGAAAUAAAUGUGAUUUUAUGUGGACUUGAAGUGGGUGCUCUUCUGGAGAUCGUAUGAUCACUUGACCAUUACCACUGGGGUAGUUUCACUAUUUAUGAAAUAAAGAUAAUAUGUUUGGCUAA